AGAGAGUUGGUCUUACAGCUUUAUCGCCCUUGAAGCUUUGCCUUUCACACUUUUGGUAUGCCUUUCCUUUUAUGGCAUGCUCUACGUACUCUUUUCUCUUUAAUUAUUAGCAUACAUUUUUCCCAACAAUACAUACAUACACCCACCAAACUACCAUUAGAGAGAGAUUAGAGAGAAGGGAAAAGAAAAGAAGAGAUCAGAUCAGAUCAGAUCUGGAGAAUGGCGAGAGGGAAGAUACAGAUAAAGAGGAUAGAGAACCAGACGAACAGGCAGGUGACUUACUCCAAGAGGAGAAACGGGCUCUUCAAGAAGGCCCACGAGCUCACCGUCCUCUGCGACGCCAAGGUCUCCAUCAUCAUGAUCUCCAUUACCAAGCAGCUGUUCGAUCAGUACCAAAAAGCUCUCAAUAUUGAUCUCUGGAGCUCCCACUACGAGCAAAUGCAAGAUCAGUUGAAGAAACUGAGAGAUGUGAACCGCGCUCUUCGCAAGGAGAUCAGGCAGAGGAUGGGGGAGAGCCUGAACGAUCUGAGCCUUGAACAACUGACGGAGCUCAUUGAAGACGUGGACUCUUCUCUCAAACUCAUUCGCGAAAGAAAGUAUAAGGUCAUUUCCAACCAAAUUGAGACUCACAAGAAGAAGGUGAGGAAUGUGGAAGAAAUCCACAGAAACCUGCUACUCGAAUGUGAGGCAAGACAGGAAGAUCCAUAUGGACUGGUUGACCAUGAAGGGGGAGAUUACAAUUCUGUCCUUGGGUUUCCAAAUGGAGGGCCCCGCAUACUCGCUAUGCGCUACGAUCCCGAUCAACACCACCACCCGCAUCACAACCACCUUCAAAGUGGAGGCGGAUCUGAUCUCACUACUUUUACUCUACUUGAGUAGUGUGUACCAACUAGCAGUACGUACGUGUUUACGUUGCGCAUUAUUAUAUCCGCUUUGAUGUUUCAAACUGAUGUUGAAUUCGAACAUAUUUGGAAGUUUAUUAGGUUCUUGGAUAUCUAGUUAUUGACUAAUGAUCAAACUUGCAUUGUAAUAAAAAUUGCUUUGAACAUCAUUAUGUAUUUAUUUAUGUAUAAUUAAAUUUAAGUACAACCC